AUGGCAGAGAACGUAUGCGCGUGGAUGCGCGAGGGCGUCGAUACGUGCAGAGACCGAGUACCAGAGCGCUGCGUGUGUGCGCCGUUCAAUGCAGUCGGUGGUUGCGCGUGCUGCGUGUGUGUGCGGAUCGAGUUUAUUGAACUGUGUGGUGGAGAGGUACGGGUGAGAGGAAGGGAGAAAAGGGCGGGUCGUUCUGCUGGGAUGCCAUCAUCACAUUGCGACGCUGCAUGGCGCACAGGGUGGGAGGAGUGGUGCAGAGGGGCACAGUACGGUGGAGAGGUCGAGGUGCUGUGGGCGCGUCUGUUGCUGCAGGCAGAGGGGGAGGCAGCCAGCUAUUUCUGCAUGUGCUCCCUUUCUCUCCCCUGUUCGCGACUUUUGAGGCGCCUCAAAAGUGUUUUUCUCCCCUCCUCUCGCGUGCAGGAUGAGGUGCUGCGAGCGCGGCUGCUGCAGGCAGAGCAGGCGACUACCAACGAUUGCUGCCUGUGCGUCCCAUGCUCGCUCCCCAGUCCACCCUUUCCAUUGACUCUCGCAACGCUCCUCUCUCCUCCUCGCCCCUCCUCUCGCGUGCAGGAUGAGGUACUGCGGGCGCGUGUGCUGCAGGCAGAGGGGGAAGCGGCUGCCGGCCGGUCAGCAGAGGGCAACGAGGAGCGAGUGGGGGCGAUGAAAGGACAGGCGGAACAGAUGGAGAGGCGCCUCAUCCUGGCCAGUGCCACGCCCGGCACUGAGGGCUUCCAGACCCGGUGGAGGCUGCAUGGCGAGCUGCAGGACACCAGGGCAAGGACGAAGGUGCUGGAAGCCAAGAUGCACGAGCAGGUGCAGGCGUCCAGGCAGAAAGAAACGGCCAGCAAACCGUGGUGGCGAAUAAUUUAG